CCGUCCAAGAAAGCGCUCUCUCUCUCUCUCUCUCUCUCUCUCUCUAUGGCGAUGUCUGUUGCAGCCACAACAAUUCGCUCACUGAGGUCGGACAACACUACCUCCUUAUCAGCAUCUUCGUCUUCUUCCUCGAAGCUUUCGUACUUGUCCUCUCUGCAAUUUCCUCGACAGCUUGGCCGUAUUCCUAUUGGAAACAGAGGGUUCACCUCUCUUUCUCGGCCUCGAAUUCUUCCUCUGGUGGUUGAGGCAAAGAAGGAAACAUUUUCUUCCUUCGAUGAUUUGCUGGCAAAUUCUGACAAACCUGUACUGGUUGACUUUUAUGCAACUUGGUGUGGUCCUUGUCAAUUUAUGGUCCCUAUCCUCAAUGAAGUUGGUGCUAAGAUGAAAGAUAAGAUCCAGGUGGUGAAAAUUGACACCGAAAAGUACACAAGCAUUGCGGACAAGUACAAAAUAGAGGCAUUGCCAACUUUCAUCAUAUUUAAGGAUGGGAAACCCUCUGAUCGCUUUGAAGGAGCUUUGAAUGCAAACCAGCUUAUCCAACGCGUUGAGGCCUCACUAGAAGAUAAGCAGUAGUUUUCUGGUUAGACAGGGAAACUGAUAUUGUCAUGAAGUUUAACAGUUACAAUGGUGGAGUUCAUAGAAGAAAAUGAACAGCCUGAUUGCUCCCUAUUCUUUUGAACUAGUGUAGUGUGCCUUCGAAGUGUGAUUUACUUAUGUUGACUUUCUGAUGAAUUGCUGAUCAAGUGAAACAAAAUGCCCUUUAAAUUUGAGUUUUGUUAUCCUUUAAAUUUGAAUUUGUCAAUUAGAACCCUUUAUAUUAAAUCAAAAUUUUUUUAUUCAA